AUGGGGCUUCGAGAGUUCAUAGGGUCUGGCCGGAGACACAGAGACACCCACAGGCACAAGCAGGGACUGACAGCCCCGUGCGGUUUGCUCCUGGCGGCUCUGCGCGUCGCCCUCCAGUCGGCGGAGCUGCUGCUGCGCGGCCUCCAGCUGCGCCCGCAGCGCCUCGUUGGCCAGCCACAGCUGGGCGUUCUGCGCCUGCGCCUCCAGCUGCUCCGCGGCCCGGGUCUGCAGCUGCUGCUCCAGCUGGGGGUCGCGAGGGCAUCGAGGCUGCAGAGGGGCCCCUCCUCCCCGCGGUGCCGCUCGGCCCCGACUUCCCACAGCUGCCAGGCGGCGGACCCUGGAUACCAGGAGGGCGGGCUGGGGGCGUGGGCCGCCCGGACGCUCACCUCCCGCUGCCGUAGGCCCGCGCGCUCCAGCUCCUGCUCGCGGCUCUGCAGGUCCAGCUCCAGGCGGCCUCGCCGCUCCUCCCGGGGCAGGUCCUGGGAGGCGCGGGCGGUUCCUGAGCCUCCGCGGGCGGCCGCGGGGCAGGGGCCGGGGGAGGGACCAACACCGGGGAGGCGGGGCCAGGAAGACGCGCGCGCUUGGGAUUGGGCCCGCCUCCCCGGUGUUGGUCCCUCCCCCGGCCCCUGCCCCGCGGCCGCCCGCGGAGGCUCAGGAACCGCCCGCGCCUCCCAGGACCUGCCCCGGGAGGAGCGGCGAGGCCGCCUGGAGCUGGACCUGCAGAGCCGCGAGCAGGAGCUGGAGCGCGCGGGCCUACGGCAGCGGGAGCUGGAGCAGCAGCUGCAGACCCGGGCCGCGGAGCAGCUGGAGGCGCAGGCGCAGAACGCCCAGCUGUGGCUGGCCAACGAGGCGCUGCGGGCGCAGCUGGAGGCCGCGCAGCAGCAGCUCCGCCGACUGGAGGGCGACGCGCAGAGCCGCCAGGAGCAAACCCUACGAGAUGUGGUUGCAGUCUCGAGGAACAUGCAGAAAGAGAAGGUCAGCCUCCUGCGGCAGCUGGAGCUCCUCAGGGAGCUGAACACGCGGCUACGAGACGAGAGGGACGCCUGUGAGAUCAAGCAGCUGGGCAGUGGCCGCAGGAAGGCUCUGGCCUCCGCCCGCCCGCCGGGGCCCACCUGCUGCUGCUGCUGCUGCUGCUGCUCCAGCACCGGGGCCCGACCCCCAGACGCGGCUCAGGCCACCUUCCCAGUGCGCGGUGACCGGCCCCCCAGCUCACUGGGCGUGAACCUGGAAAGACUGCCCCUUGAAAGUGACUGAUCGUGGCUGGAGCGGCCCACCCAGGAUGCGGGCUCUACCCAGGGGAUGUCCAGCCCGCCUGGCUGUGGACGUGAAGGCACUGACCCGGGGUGGCCGGUGGGGCCCCUGUGCUGCCCUCUGGCUCUCGUCCUGUCUCCAUCCCAUCAAACCCAUCCCUGUCCCCUCCUCCAGAUAAACU